AUGCAAGCAUUCCUCGCCUACUCGAUCCUUCCGAAUCCAUGCUCCAGAUCCUUCUUCCCGCGUCCAACAAAUCGACCCCAGUUCCUCCUGUCCUCGGUUUCGGAAUCGAGGACGGGUGCUGCUCCCACCGCGAGAAGAUGCGGUGGGACGGGCCGGAGCGUGGUGACCGCGGCGUCAUCGUCCCCGGCGGUGGCCACCACGGCGACGGACGUUCCCGGGACGAUGAAGGCCUGGGCGUACGAAGAGUACGGGGACGCCAGCGUGCUUAAGCUCGACGAGGCCGUGUCGGUGCCGGCGGUGGGCGAGGACCAGGUGCUGGUCAGGGUGGCGGCCGCGGCGCUCAACCCCGUCGACUCCAAGCGGCGUAUGGGCAAGUUCAAGGCUACCGACUCCCCACUCCCGACUGUUCCAGGGUACGACAUGGCCGGACUGGUGGUCAAGGUCGGCAGCCAGGUGAAGAGCCUCAAGGAAGGCGACGAGGUGUACGGCCACAUCAGCGAGAAGGUCCUGGAGGGACCCAAGCAGUUCGGCUCGCUGGCAGAGUACACCGCCGUGGAGGAGAAGCUGGUGGCCCUCAAGCCCAAGAGCAUCGACUUCGCGCAGGCCGCCGGUCUGCCGCUCGCCAUCGAGACCGCCCAUGAGGGCCUCGAGAGGGCAGGCUUCUCCGCCGGCAAGUCCAUCCUUGUCCUCGGCGGCGCCGGCGGAGUCGGGACCCUUGUCAUCCAGCUGGCGAAGCAAGUUUACGGCGCGUCGAAGGUGGCGGCGACGGCGAGCACCCCGAAGCUGGAGCUCCUGAAAAGCCUGGGGGCCGACGUGGCCAUCGACUACACCAAGGAGAACUUCGAGGACAUGCCGGAGAAGUACGACGUCGUGUUCGACGCAGUCGGCCAGGGCGAGAAGGCGGUCAAGGUGGUGAAGGAGGGCGGCAGCGUGGUGGUGCUCACCGGCGCGGUCGCGCCCCCGGGGUUCCGGUUCGUGGUCACCUCCGACGGGUCCGUCCUGGCGAAGCUCAACCCUUACCUCGAGGCCGGCAAGGUGAAGCCGGUGGUCGACCCCAAGGGGCCCUUCCCCUUCUCCCAGGUCGUGGAGGCGUUUUCCUACCUCGAGACCGGGCGAGCCACCGGCAAAGUAGUCAUCUCACCUGUUCCAUGA